GCGGCACCGGAAGGACGUUGCCAAGUUGUGAACUUCUUCUUCCUCCUCGUCACAAGUUCAGUUUCAUCAGCCACGAGUUUCACUCUUUCGGCCGCUGACGAGCUUCUUCACCGGUGUUUUGGAACAUGGGAGACCCAGUGACAGACUGCUCCGCCCGGCUGCAGCAGCAGGAGCGUGAGAUCCGGAGUCUCUCUGCAGAGAUCGACAGUCUGAAGAAUCCACAGAACCUGAGUUCGUCUCCACAUCUGGACGAGCUGCGGGAGGAAAACACCAAACUGAAGUAUCGCCUCAACGUCCUGAAGAGGACGCUGCAGGACGAGCGGACUCGCUGCACCAAGUCCAUGACGAACAUCAACCAGCAGCUGCAGCAGAUCUUCGGAGAGGCGAUUCGAGCCUCGUGCCCCGAGCUGGACGCGCCUCCGCUCGCCGUCACGCCCAACCAGCAGCCCAAGUUCGGAGACUACCAGUGCAACAGCGCCAUGGCCAUGGCCCAGAUGUUGAAGGUGAAGGGCGUCAAAGUGAGUCCGAGGGAAAUCGCAGAGAAAAUCAUCCAGAACCUUCCGGACAACGACCUCGUCCAGAAAACUGAAAUCGCAGGACCAGGCUUCAUCAACAUCCACCUGAAGAGGACGUUUGUCUCCAAACUGUUGAGCAACCUGUUGAUCAACGGCGUGCAGCCGCCGCCGCUCGCCGCCAGGAAGAAGGUGGUGGUGGACUUCUCGUCUCCCAACAUCGCCAAAGAGAUGCACGUCGGUCACCUGCGCUCCACCAUUAUCGGCGACAGCAUGUGUCGACUGUUCGAGUUCCUGGGUUACGACGUCCUCAGGUUGAACCACGUUGGCGACUGGGGUACGCAGUUCGGGAUGCUGAUCGCUCACCUGCAGGACAAAUUCCCAGACUACCUGAGCGUCUCCCCGCCCAUCGGAGACCUGCAGGGAUUCUACAAGGAGUCGAAGAAGCGUUUCGACGAGGAGGAGGACUUUAAGAAGCGAGCGUACCAGUGCGUCGUCAGGCUGCAGAGCAAAGAGCCGGAGUUCAUCAAAGCCUGGAACCUGAUCUGUGACGUGUCCCGGAGAGAGUUUCAGAAGGUGUACGACUGUCUGGACAUCCACAUCAUCGAGAGAGGAGAGUCGUUCUACCAGGAGCUGAUGACCGAGGUGGUGAAGGAGUUCGAGAGCAGAGGCAUGAUGCAGCUGGACGAGGGUCGUAAGAUCGUCUUCGCCCCGGGUCAGUCCAUCCCGCUCACCAUCGUCAAGUCGGACGGCGGCUUCACGUACGACACGUCGGACCUCGCCGCGCUGCGCCAGCGGAUUUUCCACGAGAAGGCAGACGUCAUCAUCUACGUCACGGACAGCGGGCAGGCCACACACUUCCAGGUGGUGUUUGCUGCGGCGCAGCUGAUUGGCUGGUACGACCCCCAGGUCACCCGGGUGGAGCACGCGGGCUUCGGCGUGGUGCUGGGGGAGGACAAGAAGAAGUUUAAGACUCGGUCCGGAGACACGGUGCGACUGAUGGACCUGCUGGACGAGGGACUGAAGAGGUCCAUGGACAAACUGAAGGACAAGGAGAGAGACAAGGUCCUGACGCCAGAGGAGCUGAUCAGAGCUCAGAGGUCGGUGGCGUUCGGUUGCAUCAAAUACGCCGAUCUGUCGCACAACCGCAUCAACGACUACGUCUUCUCCUUCGACAAGAUGCUGGACGACCGGGGCAACACGGCGGCGUACCUCCUCUACGCCCUCACCCGCAUCCGGUCCAUCGCUCGUCUCGCCAACAUCGACGAGGCGACGCUGAGGAAGGCGGCGGAGACCACCGAGCUGGUCCUGGACCACGAGAAGGAGUGGAAGCUGGGCAAGUGCAUCCUGCGCUUCCCCGAGAUCCUGCAGAAGAUCCUGGACGACCUGCUGCUGCACACGCUCUGCGACUUCCUGUACGAGCUCGCCACCACCUUCACCGAGUUCUACGACAGCUGCUACUGCGUGGAGAAGGACCGGCAGACGGGGGAGGUGGUGAAGGUGAACAUGUGGAGGAUGCUGCUCUGUGAAGCAACGGCCGCCAUCAUGGAGAAAGGCUUCGAAAUCCUGGGCCUCAACCCCGUCCACAGGAUGUGAUGUCACAGUGACCCCGCCCACCUGCAUCUUUGUCCAUCAUUGAGGAAGACGUGACAAUGAUGAUAAAUGCUGAAGAUUAAAAAAAUCAUGAGUCACAUCUGAAACUGGACUUUGAUCAUUUUCACCAAAUCAUGAUUACUGAUCAUCAAUUAUAGUCUCAUGUUAAGAGUUUUUUUUAUUAAAGAACCAAGAUGAAACAUCA